UAUUUUUAGGAAGAAGGGGAGAAAAGAGGAUUGAUUAACCAAGUGUGUCGGACUUUAGUUGAAGGAGAAAGUGGAAGGAGGGGCUGUCACGUUUAAGAAAGGGUCGAGAGGAAGGAGGAGCACCUCAGUGGUUGAGUGGAGCCGGGCGAGCCGAGCAGGGGCAGCUGGAGUUCGAAGCAGCCUGCGACAUGGCGGCGGCGGCGGGAGCAGGAGGGGUCAGCACCCUGCCCACACUACCUGAUGCUGGCAGCAACCCCUUCCCUCCGGGAUCAUUCAAGGAACCCAAGAGGCUCUACUGCAAGAACGGCGGCUAUUUCCUGAGGAUCUCGCCGGAUGGCAGAGUUGAUGGAACCCGCGAGAAAAAUGAUGGCAACAUUAAACUGCAACUGCAGGCAGAAUCUAUCGGAGUCAUAUCAAUCAAGGGAAUUUGUGCUAAUCGUUAUCUUGCUAUGAAUGAAGAUGGCAGAUUGUAUGGAUCGCCCUGCUACAGGCAGUCCCCAGGUUAUGACAGGGUUCCAUUCUUGAGAACUGUUCGUAACCUGAACUAUUCAGAAGGCAGAGAUGAACAGAUGAACAAAAACAGAGUGUGGAAGAGGAUCACAGAAACAGCUGCGAAGGGAGAGAGCAAGCAGGCAAGGGAAGAAUGGCUUCAGUGGGUGGGGUGGAGAGAAGGCAUGUGGAAAUGCCCUAUUCCCACCUGGCAGAAGAUGACCGCUAGGCUCUGCAGCGGCUGGCAAAUCCAUCCCCAUCCAUCUCGCCGGUCUCCCAAACUCUUCAUGUGUCUGUGCUGUCCGUAAGUCAGGUGUUUGUAAUCCAGUGAGGAUAUGUAUUAGCAACCUAUAACUUGGUCAAAGAAACAUAAUUAUCUUCUACCUGUCCCUAUUAACCCAUUUGACUGGUCCUGUGCUAUCUCAGAUGUUCCUUUUGUCCUGUCCAUGCUCCUACCACCUUCUCUGCAACUUUAAAUCUGUUUUUAUUGUUUCCCUGUCCUGAUGGUGUCUUUUGACCUGAAAUGUUAACUGUUUCUUUUUCUACAGAAACCACCUCAUCUGCUGAGUGUUAUGCUUUUGUUUUGAACAUCCUAAUAAGUUUUCUAAAUACAUGCAAACUGAUGAUUUGGGGUGUUUGUGAAGUUUUAACUCCAUAUUAGGUCAAAAACUUGAAGGGCUCAUUUAUUACUCUUUGUAUUAAUUGUUAAAUUUAAUUUUCACUUGUCUCUGAAAUUAAUGUUUAGAAUACUUAAUUAAAAUUGCACCACCUAAUCUUUACCCUCCUGAUGAUAAUAAUAUAUUAAUUUUAGAUCACACUACAGUGUCAUAGUUUCCUGUAUGAUGUUGCAUGAGGUAUUUCAUGCGGGUUCAGAGGUUUUCAUGCUUUAUGGAUUGGGUGUAUAAUCUUUUUGCAGCAAUGUGUGCAAGUUCUGUGGUAGAAAUCUUACCUCCUGAGAGUGUUGGGGGAGGGGGGUCAAGCCCCUCUUUGACUUUUGGGCAUCUAAUUUCUCCUGAUGCUUUAGUGGAAUUUUGACUGAUAACUGCACUGCAGGAGAUUGUCUUUGGAUUGAUAGUAAACUAGAUCCCCAUCUUCCCUACAAAGGUAGAGCAACUGAUUUGUGGCAAUUUUUGAAGAAUAACAGGAGACUCUGGUAGUGUCCUGACCAAUAUUUAUCCCUCAAAUAUUACUGAAAAAAGCUACUGUAAUUAUCUCAUUGCUGUUUGUGUUAGCUGUCCUCUUUCCCUAUGUUACAUGUAGAAUCAUAAAUGGCUGAAAUCAGUGUUGUGAAGCACUUUGAAUGUUUUACUGAGAUUGAAAGGUGUUUUAAAUGCAAGUUUUUGCUCUGCAGUUUGCCAUUUUGUACAUUAACUUGGUUACAUACUGAUUCUUUCAAAUCUUUUGUGAAAUCUGUGCUGAAAUGUAUUGUCAUUUUUGCUGUAUUGACAAAAGCACAUAAAGCAAGCAUGUAGAACCAAUCACUGAACCACUUUGCUCCAAUAGUGUGCUCUUAUCACCAAUCUCAAAGAUUCUCAAAUGUACCAUUCCAUUUCCUAAGAUGGCCAUCUGUCCUUUUAAAAUGAAUAUGCCAAUAUUGAAGGAAAUGUUGUCCUCUGAGCAUAUUGCCAACUGAGAUUUCUCAGAUUCCAUUCUUUAUUUCAGAAAGAGACUUGAAGUCUUUCAUUCUGUUUGUUUCAUGUGCUAAAGGUGAAAAAUGAACUUGCAAAUCCUCUGUACCAAUCAGUGCCUGAUUUGUGUAUGUUGCAAAUUAGCAUGUACUGACUUGUAAUAAUUUUGGUACUUAGACCAUUGUUAAAUAACAAUUUCUUUCUUGUGCUUCUCAACAUGGAAUUAAAGCCAUUUUGGCAGCUUGUGACUUGG